AUGCGACUACUUUGGAUGAUCUUGUCAAUAUCUGCAGGUGCUCUUGGUUUGGACAACGGACUGGCCAGGACACCUCCCAUGGGUUGGAUGUCAUGGACACAGUUUCGUUGCCAAACCAACUGUGACAAGUAUCCUGAUGACUGUAUCAAUGAGAAACUCUACCAGGAGAUGGCAGACAGACUAGUAUCGGAUGGAUAUCGUGACGCCGGUUAUAACCAUAUCCACAUUGACGAUUGUUGGAUGGAACGAAGUCGUGAUGCUGACGGACGACUUGUUGCUGAUCACACGAGAUUCCCUGCAGGAAUUAAAGCGCUCGCUCAAUACGUCAGCGGAUUUUUUCUUCAACUUGAAUAUUAUAUAAAUAGGGACAUAUUCCAACGCAAUGGUGAUCACAUGACAGUGCGAAGGAAACAAAUAAGGAAAUUUCAGAUCGAUGCGCAGACUUUUGCCGACUGGGAGUGCGAUUAUCUGAAGCUAGACGGUUGCCACAUGAAACAGUCGGAGCAGGGUGUUGGAUACCCGGAGAUGGAGCAGGCUUUAAAUGCAACUGGUCGCCCAAUUAUGUAUUCGUGUGAAUGGCCAUAUUAUCUGAUUGAUGAGCAAAAACAGAUUAACUACACCGCAAUAGCACAAUCAUGCAACCUCUGGCGGAACUUCAAUGAUGUGUCAAACUCGUGGGCAUCGAUUUUGAGCAUUAUGGCUUUCUACAAUCGAUUCCAGAACGAGCUGAUUGAGGUGACAGGACCAGGUCAAUGGAACGACCCUGAUAUGCUCGUCAUUGGAAUGAAAAAUGGAUUGACAGUCGACCAGGCGAAAGUACAAAUGAGUGUUUGGUCAAUAUGGUCAGCUCCACUAAUUAUGUCAAACGAUCUUCGUGAAAUCGACCCAAAAUUCAAAGAAAUUCUUCUCAAUCGUGAUGUCAUUGCCAUAGAUCAGGAUCCCAUGGGUAAAAUGGGGCGAUUGAUGCUAUCAAACGACAACACUGCCGUGUACGUGAAGCCAGUGAUGCCGAGAGAAGUCAGCGACACCUCUUUUGCCAUAGCCGUUGUCAAUAAGCAUCUAUCUGUUACCUACACGAUCAAGUUCGCAUUGAACAAAGUUGGUAUGAAUCAUGAGGCUGGAUACCAGAUCAAAGAUCUCUGGUCUGGACAGGAUAUGGGAGUAUUCAAGCCUACGGACACACUCACUGUGCAAGUACCUGCUACAGGAGCGGCAAUGUUCAAAGCGACUAUUGUUUAA